AUACUUUGAACAGCAAUCAUGAAGAAUUUAUCUGGUAAAAUAUGUCUUGUUACUGGAGCAACUCGAGGUUUAGGAAAGGGCAUAGCUCUACAGUUAGGCGAGGCUGGGGCCACCGUUUAUAUUACAGGUAGAACAUUGAAUCCACCGAACGAUAAAGUUGGUGGAAGUUUGAAAGAAACAGCUAAAGAAGUUGAAAGGCGAGGUGGUAAAUGUAUUCCAGUUCAAUGUGACCACAAUAAUGCUGAAGAAAUCAGAACAUUAUUUGAAAAAAUCAAAAUAGAACAGGAUGGAACACUUGAUAUUUUAGUUAAUUGUGCAUUUAGUGCAGUUAAGACAUCUCUUGAUAAUCUUUACACCGACUUUUGGAAGUUAGAGCCAAAACUAUGGGAUGAUGUGAAUUCUGUUGGCUUAAGGAAUCAUUAUUUCUGCUCGGUGUAUGCAGCUCGAAUGAUGGUAGAAAGAAAGUCAGGGAUAAUUUUUAAUAUUUCAUCCGUUGGUGGAAUUGCAAAGAUCUUCAACAUUCCAUAUUGUGCCGGGAAAACGGCUUUAGAUAGAAUAGUAGUGGACGGAGCUCCAGAAUUGGAACCACAUAACGUUUCAUUUAUAAGUAUAUAUCCAUGUGCAGUGAAAACAGAAGUUUGCAAGAAUUUAUUCCAAGAAAAGACCGUUAGCGAAGAUUUGUUUGCACAGAAUGAAAGCACAGAAUUUACUGGAAAAUGUAUCGUUACUCUAGCAUCUGAUCCUUGUAUAUUAGAGAAAACUGGUCGUGUUUUGUUUAGUGCUGAUAUUGGUGAUGAGUAUGACUUAAAAGAUAUUGACGGUCGCCACAUUACCUCUCAACUGUGGAUGCCAGCUCUAUUGACGUACAAUGGAGUGCCAGAAUGGCUAGUCAAUUGGAUGCCAACUUGGGUAAAGCUUCCCAAAUGGUUAUUGGCGAUAAACAAACCUUUGUAUAAAUUUUGAAAAUCUACAUUUUAUUUUUCUGGAUUUAAUAAAGGUUUAUAAUUAUUUUUUUAUUGUAAAUUAUUAGUAUUAUGAUUAUUAGUAUUAUAAUUGUGCUUUUAAUGGAGAUUAAAUGUAUCAGUUCUCGACUAUCAGGUAAAUAAAAUGAAAAGUUU